UAUAGCUGUGACUGCAGAUGAUGGCGAACUCACAGCGUGACAUUAUCGAUUUCACCGCACUGGAGAAGGAGCUCCGUAUGGUGGUAGAAAUCGAGCAGAAGUACUGCAGACAAAAUGAUGCUAAACUUCGAGCUGUGAGCCAGAAGGUGAAGUCCUACCAGGAGUUCAGAGACUUAGUCCUGGCCUGCCACAUGAAGCCUCUGCACAAGAACGACAAAGAAGGAGGACCUCACAAACAACCAUGGAACCCGCUUGUUGCUCCUGACAACAAACAUCACAUGACCUCUGAUUGAUCAUAAGCCUGAGUGUCACAUAACAUUUUCAGUUUUAAAUGCAGUCCUGUUUUUACUUGG